UGAUUAUCAAACACUUUCUUCAGGUUAAUAACCGUUAGUUUUGAGAGCGAAAAAAAAACCAAAAAACUUCACUUUCCGUUUGUUGAAGAAGAAACGUUAAGCCUUCAGGAAAACCCGUUUUCUCUGAUUUUUCUUGUUGCUGACUCUCACGUGAGUGUACGAUAUUCUUUUGUUGUCACCAUCUGCAAACUUUUGCCCCACUCAUUUCAGUCUACGAUCAACUAAAGACGAGUCAAGUUGUGUCGUGAAGACCACAGAGAAAUAUUUUUCAAAACCAGUUCAAGUUCUCAGAAAUUUUAGCAAAUGAUGUUGUCGGACAAGUUUUUGGAAAAAGCAAGAAAUGAGCUUCGCGAAGACGAAACGCGUAAAGAACAAGCUUUGGAACAUUUUCGUGAGUGGCUCAACAAACAUCCGUACAUUAAAAGUAUUAGACAAGAUGAUGUUUUCUUGCUACAGUUCCUGAGAACUAAAAAAUACACAAUGGACAAAGUUUUUAACACUUUUGAAAAUUGUAUUCUCGCUCAAAAGAAAUACUCGAAAUGGUUUGACUUCAAAGAUUCAGAUUUUGAUAGAAUGAUGGAACUUUAUCAAACUGGCUAUAUUUAUCCAUUGGCUGAAAGAGACGAAGAUGGACGACGAAUAAUUUUCAUUCAACUUAGACGACUUAAUCCAGACUACUUCACUUCAGCUGACGCAAUAAGACUAUCUGCUGUACUCUCAGCAUCGCUUUUGGAAGAAGAAGAAACUCAAAUUGCUGGUGUUGCAACGAUAAUUGAUCACGAAGGAAUGACAAUGAAGCAUACGAGUUUGUUUUCCGUAGCGGACAUUGUCGAUUUUGCAGAUUGUUUGAAAAAUGCUGUUGGCAGAUAUAAACAACUUUUCUUAGUGAACUUGCCAUCAUUUGCAGUUUUUCUUCUCGAUGUUGCACGAAGCACUUUAAGUGACAAAUUGAAAAAGCGAAUUGUGUUACCCAAGAACAUGGAUGACUUGAAAAACUACAUUAAUCCGUCGAUGUUGCCUAAGGAAUAUGGUGGAGAUUUACCAGAAGCUGAACACAUGGAAAUUUUUAAUCAAUACUUCAGAUCAGUUCGACCAAAUUUGGAGGAAAUUCGAGCUCGUGUCAUUGAUUGGACGAAAGUUCCUAACUUCAAAACUUCUGAAUCUGAAGCUGUGGGAAGCUUCAGGAAAUUGGAAAUUGACUAAUAUUUUAAUUUUGUUUACCUCUUUGAACUUUUUAAUAAAACUUUUUUUAUCUUCUAGUUUUUUUGUUUAUGAUGUUCUGUAUAAAUAUCAAAUUGUUGAUCGUAGAUUUCAUUUCGAAUGAAGUUUCGUUUCGCUAAAGUAUGAAAUCUACUAUUUGCUAUGGUUGUGAGUCACUCGUGUGGAAAUUACUCACAUGUAGGAACAUCAAAAGAUAUUAAACGACAAGAUAAAAAAUAUUUUUUUACUCACAAACUCUUCAUGUAAUUCAACAAGCCUGUCGCUAAAUUUAUUCA